UUUAACUCGGCCCCAGACCCAGACCUCCGAGGCGCGGCAUGACGUCACAGGUGGCAGCGGGCCGUGGCCAUGGAGGACCUGCUGACAGGGGACAUCCGUCCAGUGCGACGCGCACCCCCUCCCCCAUCAUCCAAAAAAUCAGGGUCGCAUCCUCAGAAUGAUGAUCUACUGGUCAUAGAUCAAGGAGGAGAGGAAGGCUUCUAUUCUAAUGCCAGAACUAGAGGGCCAGCCCAGAAGUUGUCUCAAAAUGGGCUGCCAAGAUCAGUGUCGCUGCCUCUCAACAACAGCAUACAGAGGCGGGUCCCUCCACCAAGGCCUCCUCCACCCAAAGUUAAUCCAAGAAAUCCCACCAUGGAAAAACCGCAUCCAAUUUUUCACAGGUUGCAUAAGUUUUCAGUUAAAAAGAAAGUGCAUCAACAGCUUGAGCACUCCAACUCUUCAAGAGGAGGGGUGGGUGGCAUCAUUGGCAAAAUUCGUGGCCCUUCAUCAUCACGAACAAGACAGCCACCCGGCCACAGCUCUACCUCUGCACCCAGCACGCCAGUGUCUGAGGCAUCCCUCAUAGACCUGUCAUCUCCACCCAGCUCACCUACAACACGAUCUGGCAGUGAUGGCCUUAGUGUGAACAGUUUCGGUAGUGAAUCAUCCACUGGCAACCUGAGUUCAGGGUUCGAUGAUAUUUUUGAUCCUUUUGGUUCUAUCCAGGAGAAUAAUUAUAGUGCAGUGCCCAAGAAAGUUGGGGUCUCCUCAUUUUACUCAAGUAUACCUACUUCUACCGUCUCUGCUACUCAGGAUGUUCUGGGGUUUCAAGAAAGCCAAGAUCCUUUUGAUACAUUAGCUAGUAAAGCAAGCCAAUUCAGUAUUCAAACUCCUCAGCUUCAUAGUUCCUCAACAGUUCCAAGUACCUCACAACUAGCCAGGCCGCCAAACCCUGCAGUACAGUUUAACCAACAAAGCACUAUUACCAAACCUGAACAGAAGCCAUUGGUUAAACCCACAAUAAUACGUCCAAAAGCUCCAGUUUCUAGUAGUCAAGUCGAAAGAGCAGGUGACAAUGGCAUAAGUUCACAGGUAAAUGAUCUGGGAAGUAUUGAUUGGAGUGCUGCACAUAAAGGAAAUGCUGCCAAAGCCCCAGCCCUGUGGGAUACUGCAGUGCCACACAUAAUUGAUCAAACCAUUCCUGAGGAGCCUCCACCACUCCCUCCAAGGCCAGAAGCAGAAGAGGAUCAUGACAGACCACAUGGCAUUGCAGAGUUUGAAUUUGCUGGUACACAGCCGGAUGACCUCUCAUUGAAUGUGGGCGAUGUGGUCCAGCUGCUCUAUCGGGUCAGUGAUGAUUGGCUCUUUGGACGCUGUGGACCUAAAGAAGGCAUGUUCCCACAGUGCUUCAUUAAGAUUGUGGUGCCUCUUGCUGGUGAGCAAAUGCAGUCUAGUCACUCCUCUUCUAGUGGUACAGUAGACUCUACGAAACUGAAGUCUUCCCCUCAGCCUGCUGCUUGUGAAGUAAGAGUCCUGUACAGCUUUGUGGCAGAGACGUCAGAGGAUCUCACAGUACAAGAAGGGAGCUUAGUGCAAGUAACAGGUCGCCUCAAUGAUCAGUGGUUGUAUGGACAAUGCAAUGGAAAAUGGGGACAGUUUCCAGCAAAUUUUGUGGAGUCAAUACCCCCAAACCUUCCUCAGCUGGCACAGGACUGACCGAUAGGAGGAGGUUACCAACUGAAAUUUUCCCUAAGAAUAGCAGAAACACAUGAGACCCAUUUUUACUACAUUCACUGAAAUAUUCCAGCAGGAAAUGGCUUGUGUCAUAAUUAUUAUAACUGCACCAUUAGCCAUGGCUAAGGGUGCUGAUGUGUUAUAUAACUACGUACACUCGUAGGUCAAGGGUUAAUAGUUGUUUGUUUGGCUUGUGUUUUCAUCUCAAACUAAAAUAACAUUUGCUCCACAUAACUACUAUUGCAAAAAAAAAGGCCUUUGUUUCUUUUAGGCUAUGCACUGCAUAUAUAUAUAUAUAUAU